AUGAUUUUAUCAAUUUUAACUUCAUUAUCUGUCUUAAUGACAGUAACUGCCUUCAUCAGCAAUGAACAACUUUUACCCACUUUGAUUUCAAACUAUAGAGAUAGCGGUCUCAACCAAGACCAAUUAACUUAUAUCUUCCUUCAAAAUCAAGUCUUAGACAAUGAAAGCGACGAUACUACAUCGUUAUUACUUGAUAACGGAGUUGUUCUUCCCCUUACUCAACCUGCAAACGAUUCGCAUAUAGCAAGCAUCUCUAAUUGGUUUAAUGAUCAUUCUGCUGUAUUCGACAGUAAUUUGCCCUAUUAUAACUCAACUGUGGCCUAUGACAAUGGGGAAGAGGUGAAUCCUGAAGUUAUUUCUCGAUUAAGAGAAAAUUUAGGCUUCGGUACUAGUUCACUCCUGCUGACUCCAACUGCAACAAACCUAAUAUUGUUUUGGAACGCUGACAAAUACUAG